AUGAUCCAGCAAGGCAGCUUCAUCACGCUACUGAUCGUGGGCGGCCUCUUCGCCGCCCUGCUGGUGCUGGGCGUGCGCACCGUCCGGCGCAUCGCUGCCACCGAUCCCACCGGGCAGCACUGGCUGCUGCGCGGCCUGGCGCUGCUGUCGCCCCUCUGCCUGGUGGCAGGGCUGGCGAUCGGCAUGAUCGGGCCGUACCUCAACGACCGGGCGCAGCCCGCACACGGCCCCGGCCUGCUGACGAUCUCGAUGCUGCUGAUGCUGGCGGGUGCGCUGGCGCUGCCGGUGCUGUGGCGGAUGAUGCUGCAACGGCGCCUGGGCCGGCCCGCCAAUGGGCUGCCGUUCUUCCAUGCCUCGCGCACCUCGCUGCUGGUGCUGUACGUACUCGCCGCGGUCUACAUGAUGCUGAUCCGGAAUGCCGGGCCGAACCCGAUGCCCUGGCUGAUGGACGCUGGGCUGGUGCCGACCGUGGCCUGGGCCAUCGCGGGGCUGCUCCACCUCGCGAUGCUUCGCCCGCCGUAUCACCCGGCCGUUCACCCGUUCCUCGGGGCUAUGAUGGCGCCCCACCGCCUGCGGAUACCGCCCGUGUCACUGCGCUGCUGCCUGAUCCUGCUGGGUGCCCUUGCCGCUCCGCCUGCCUUCGCCUCCAGCCUGGACCUGCCGGCGCUGAUCGAGUGCCGGCAGCGCGUGGCCGAUCUCGGUGCGCUGGCGCCGCUGCUGGCCGACCCGCUGAAGGCCGUGGCCCUGGGCCUGCAGCCGUUGCCGCAGGGCAACCAGUUCAUGAGCGAGUACCGGCUGGCCCAGCCGAUCACCGUCUUCGGCGUGGCCACCGAGCGGGUGGCGGUGGCCGGCGCCAGCAUCAUGGCGGUGCUUGACCAGGCCGACCCACGGCCGCUGGCCAAGCGGCUGGGGCUGGAAACCGGCUACGACCAGGACGGCAAGUUCAUGGCCGGCCGCGAAAGUACUCUGCGUUGA